AUCCUGGACAGAGCCCACGGGUGGAAGGGGCCCCGCCGCAGGACCGAGUUCCCGGUUCGGCAUCCCCGGACCCAGCCCGGGCGCUGCCGGUGCCGGUACCGGGCACCGCCGGUGCCGGGCGCUGCCGGCGGAGGCGGAGCGCGGCCGAUCCCUCCCCCGGGCAGUGCCCCGGGCCCGCCCCGCACGGUUCGGGAGGAGCCGCCGCCGCCGCGGGCACCGGCAGCGGCACCGGCACCGGGACGGCGCGGAGCGGGGCGGCGGCAGCAGCGGCAUCAUGGCCUCGGAGAGCGAGGCGCAGCGGGCGCUGCAGUAUGAGCAGACCUUGAUGUAUGGACGUUACACUCAGGACUUGGGCACCUUUGCCAAGGAUGAGGCAGCCCGGCUGCGGCUGCAGGAGGGGGACACCCCUCGGCCCCGCCGGCCCUCCGAGCUGCUGGAGUACACCCAGGGCCGCUGUGCCCCUUGUCGCGUCUGCGCCUUGCAGUGCCAGCGGUUCCUCAUCUCCAAGGUGGGCGAGGACUGGGUCUUCCUCAUCCUGCUGGGGCUGGUCAUGGCACUGGUCAGCUGGGCCAUGGACUUUGCCAUUGCCACCUGCCUCCAAGCUCAGAAGUGGAUGUAUGGGGGCCUGGACACUAACGUGCUGCUGCAGUACAUGGCCUGGGUCACCUACCCUACUGUGCUCAUCACUUUCUCAGCCGGCUUCACCCAGAUCCUCGCCCCCCAGGCCGUGGGCUCAGGCAUCCCCGAGAUGAAGACCAUCCUGCGGGGCGUCGUGCUGAAGGAGUACCUCACCCUCAAGACCUUUGUGGCCAAGGUGAUCGGGCUGACAUGUGCCCUGGGCAGCGGCAUGCCCCUGGGCAAGGAGGGUCCCUUUGUCCACAUCGCCAGCAUGUGUGCAGCCCUGCUCAGCCGCUUCCUCUCCCUCUUCGGGGGCUUCUACGAGAAUGAGGCAAGGAACAUUGAAAUGCUGGCAGCCGCCUGCGCCGUUGGUGUCGGCUGCUGUUUCGCCGCCCCCAUUGGAGGCGUCCUCUUCAGCAUUGAGGUCACCUCCACCUUCUUCGCCGUCCGCAACUACUGGCGCGGCUUCUUAGCUGCCACCUUCAGUGCCUUCAUCUUCCGUGUCCUCGCUGUCUGGAACAAGGAUGAAGAGACAAUCACGGCACUGUUCAAAACCCGCUUCCGUCUCGACUUCCCCUUCGACCUGCAGGAGCUGCCUGCCUUCGCUGUCAUCGGGAUCGCCAGCGGCUUCGGGGGCGCGCUCUUCGUCUACCUCAACCGCAAAAUCGUGCAGUUCAUGCGUCGUCAGAAGACCAUCAACCGCUUCCUCAUGAAGAAGCGCCUGCUCUUCCCUGCCCUGGUGACACUGAUCAUCUCCACGCUGACCUUCCCACCUGGCUUUGGACAGUUCAUGGCUGGCCAGCUCACCCAGAAGGACACCCUGGUGACGCUCUUUGACAACCAGACGUGGGCCAAGCAGGGGCUCAGUGAUGAGUUCGAAUACUUGGGCAUCCUGGAGGCCUGGCGCCAUCCCCGCUCCAACGUCUUCGUCACCCUUGUCGUCUUUAUCCUCAUGAAGUUCUGGAUGUCAGCCCUGGCCACCACCAUCCCAGUGCCCUGUGGAGCCUUCAUGCCUGUCUUUGUGAUUGGGGCAGCCUUCGGGCGCCUGGUGGGGGAGAGCAUGGCAGCCUGGUUCCCUGAUGGCAUCCACACAGAGAGCAACACCUACCGCAUUGUGCCAGGGGGCUACGCUGUGGUGGGGGCGGCUGCACUGUCGGGUGCUGUCACCCACACGGUGUCCACGGCCGUCAUCGUCUUCGAGCUGACGGGGCAGAUCUCGCACAUCUUGCCUGUCAUGAUUGCUGUCAUCCUGGCCAACGCCGUGGCUCAGAGCCUCCAGCCCUCCCUCUAUGACAGCAUCAUCCGCAUCAAGAAGCUGCCCUACCUCCCUGAGCUGGGCUGGGGCCACCACGAGAAAUACAACGUGCGGGUGGAAGACAUCAUGGUGCGGGACAUCCGCUACGUCACCCUCAACUGCAGGUACCGGGACCUGCAGCAGGUCCUGCACAGCACCAAGAUGAAGAACCUGCCGCUGGUGGAGUCAGCCGAGUCCAUGAUCCUGCUGGGCUCCAUCGAGCGGGCACAGGUGGGGGCCCUGCUCAGCAACCAGCUCAGCCCGCAGCGCCGGCUCCUGACCUUGCGGCAGAAGGUGCUGUCCGAGGAUGGGCACCGGCUCUCUGAUUCCAGCAUCCGCUUCCAGAUCAGCACAGAGGCCUCCUCAGGCACCCCUGCCCGCCCUGCCCUCCGCAAGCCCCUGAAGCCGGCACUGAAGCGGGUGCCCAGCAGCCCUGCUGACAGCCCCCCUGCUGGCACCACCGACCACACUGGCAUCACCCUCAAGAGCCUCUUCUGUGCCAACUCUGCUGCAGAGCCCACUGAGGCCCAGGGCACAGCCUGGCCACACAAGGCCAAACGCGUCCGCAUUUCCAUUGUGGAGGAGAUGGUCCUGGGUGACAAGAUGACCCCAGCAGAGAUCCUGGAGUGGGAAGAGCAGCAACUGGACCAGCUGGUGGACUUUAGCAGCGCCAAGAUUGACCCUGCACCCUUCCAGCUGGUGGAGCACACUUCACUACACAAGACCCACACCAUCUUCUCGCUGCUGGGCUUGGACCACGCGUUUGUCACCAGCAUCGGGCGCCUGGUCGGCAUGGUGUCCCUCAAGGAGCUGCGCAAGGCCAUUGAGGGCUCAGUGACGGCCAAGGGGGUGAAGGUGCGCCCACCGCUCGCCAGCUUCCGCGACAGCACCGCCAGCACCAGCGACGCCGACACCACAGCCCUGCGCCAGCUCUGGGACCGCCACCAGCACCACCCCAUGCCCCGCGAGGCCAGUCCUGGGGGCGAUGAUGAUGAUGACACUCCCAAGGGGCAGUGAGUCCCUUGAGGUCCCACCUGUGUCACCAGAAGCUGCAGGGGCCCCUGGCAGGUGCCAGGGAAUGCCUGCCCUGUGCCCACUCAACACCAGGCUCAGCACAGGAGUGGGCACCCUCAAUCCAGUGCCGCUGCCCCCUCCCUGUGCUGGGGAUAGGUUGGGUGCCCCCCAGCCUGCCCCUGCUCCCCAACUACCUGCCAGCUCUUGGGGCUUCCAACUUUGCUACCUCUGCACUCUCCGAAGCCCCUGGUGCCCCCUGGAAGGGCCACUGCCCCUACCCCUCCAUGGGCACCACAGUGUCCCUGCUUGGGGUAGCCCAGGGAGGCAGAGGGGCAUCAGAUCAGGAUGCCUGCAGGGACAGGGGUGGGCACUGCCCCCUGUCCUCAGCGCCUCCUAGCUGGGAAUGGGGGGUCCUGCCGCCUGUCUGCUGGGCACCCCUCCCCCUGUAAAUACAGAGAUUUUUAUAUUAAUUUAAUAAAAGGACUUUAUAAACAGA